AUGCACAAAAGGACAAAGUAUAAGGAGAGAAAAUCCUCAAGAAAGAAAAAGAGACUAAACACACACAGAAAAGAUCAAAAUUAAUUAAAUUUUCUAGAUGGCCGGUUCAGGUUCGUAUUCCUAUGUCUACGAUGUGUUCAUCAGCUUUAGAGGGGAGGAUACUCGGCUAGGGUUUACUGGAUUUCUGUACAAGACUCUAUCUGAAAAGGGAUUCCACACCUUCAUUGACCACCACGCUGACGCGGGAAGAGGAACAACGAAGACACUUGUAGAUGCAAUUGAAGAGUCCAGGAUUGGGAUUGUUGUUUUUUCUGAGAACUAUGCUUCCUCCACAUGGUGUCUGGAUGAACUUGCGUACAUUAUUGACUCCUUUUCCAAUAAGAAAAACUUCCGUCGAUCUGUUUUCCCAGUAUUUUACAACGUAGAUCCUUCUCACGUGCGACAUCAGAGUGGGAUUUAUGGACAGGCACUUGACUCGCACCAGAAGAACAACAACUUCAAUUCAGAGAAAUUGAACAAAUGGAAGAACGCUCUCAAACAAGCAGCUAAUUUGUCCGGUUUCCAUUUUAAACAUGGGGAUGGAUAUGAAUAUGAAUUAAUUGACAAGAUUGUAGACUUGGUCUCCACCAAAAUUGAUUCCACCCCUUAUUUACGUGUUGUGGAUCACCCAAUUGGUCUCAAUUAUCGAGUGUUAGAACUAAACUGGCUUCUCAAUCAUAAUACUCAUGCUGCUACUGCCACCGUUGGAUCCCAUGGACUCAAACUGCUCGGUAUCUACGGUAUGGGUGGAAUAGGGAAAACAACCCUUGCUCGAGCUGUAUUCAAUUUCAUUUCCCCCCAAUUUGAUGCCUUUUGUUUCCUCGAAGAUGUCAGAGAAAAUUCAGCAAACCACGGCUUAGUACAUCUUCAACAAACUCUUCUCGCCACCUUAGCUGGACAGAAGAAGAAGAAGAAAGACUUCCAAUUAGCAAGCAUCAGUGAAGGACUUCUGCUAUUAAAGAAUAUGCUCCACCGCAAGAAGGUCCUUUUGGUUCUUGAUGACGUUAACAGCUCAGAUCAGUUGCAAGCUACUCUUGGAAGAGGCCUCGACACUUUUGGUUAUGGAACCACCAUCAUCAUUACUACCCGGGACAAACACUUCCUAACAACUCACGGGGUUCAUACGACAUACAAGGUAGAGGAGUUGACCAAGGAUGAGUCCCUCGAGUUGCUUUCUUGGAAUGCUUUCAAGACCAACAAAAUUUAUCCAGAUUAUAUCGACCUGUUAAACCGCGUAACAACUUGCGCAUCUGGCCUUCCUUUGGCUUUGGAGGUUAUAGGCUCAUACCUGCAUGGGAAAGGAGUAAAAGAAUGGGAAUCUGCAUUAGACUCCUAUGAAAAGAUUCCUUCUAAAGAUAUCCAAACCAUACUUAAGCAAACCUACAAUGCUUUGGAUGGAGAUCUCAGGCAACUUUUUCUCGACAUCGCAUGUUUCUUCAAAGGAUACGAACUCUCAGAGGUUGAAUACCUACUCAGUGCUCACCACGGUUACUGCUUCAAACCCCACCGUUUCAGAUUCUUGCUGGAAACAUCUCUCAUCAAGAUUGACGAGCACAAUCAUGUGAAAAUGCAUGACUUGAUACGGGACAUGGCCAGAGAAAUCGUGAGGCAGGAAUCACCCGACCACCCCGGCAAACGCAGCAGGCUAUGGCUUACUACGGAUAUCGUCGAAGUUUUAGAAAAAAACACGGGAACAAGUGAAAUUCAAACCAUCGUUCUGGAUUUCCCCAGAUAUGAAAAAAUGGUACGGUGGGACGGAAAAGCCUUCCAGAAGAUGACAGGCCUCCAGACACUUAUUAUUAGAAGUCUGUGUUUUGCUGAAGGUCCGAAGAAUCUUCCAAAUAGUUUAAGAGUGCUGGAGUGGUGGGGAUAUCCUUCACAGUCUUUGCCUUCUUAUUUUUACCCCAAGAAAUUAGCUGUUCUGAAGUUACCGCACAGUUCCUUUAUGUCACUGGAGCUGUCCAAGUCAAAGAAGUUCGUAAAUAUGACACUUUUGAAUUUUGAUGAAUGUAAAAUUAUAACACAUAUACCUGAUGUAUCUGGUGCCCCAAACUUAGAAAGGCUGUCUCUUGAUUCUUGUGAGAAUUUAGUUGAAAUUCACGACUCUGUUGGAUUCUUGGAUAAACUUGAAAUUCUGAAUCUUGGGAGUUGCGCAAAGCUUCGGAAUUUGCCACCCAUCCAUUUGACCUCUCUCCAACACCUCAAUCUUUCACAUUGUUCAAGUCUUGUGAGUUUUCCUGAGAUAUUAGGAAAUAUGAAAAAUAUUACAAGUCUUUCUUUGGAGUACACUGCCAUAAGGGAAUUUCCAUAUUCAAUCGGAAAUCUUCCCCGACUUAAAAGUUUAGAACUGCACGGAUGUGGAAAUCUUCUGUUACCAAGUAGCAUUAUUCUAUUGUCAGAACUUGAGGAGUUGAGUAUUUGGCAAUGUGAAGGGUUGAAAUCAUAUAAGCAAGACAAAGGUCCAGAAAAAGUUGGUUCAACAGUGUCUUCAAACGUGAAGUAUAUUGAGUUCUUUUCUUGCAAUAUAUCGGACGACUUCAUUCGAAUAGGUCUUUCUUGGUUUUCAAAUGUGGUAGAAUUGAACCUUUCAGCAAACACUUUCACAGUUCUUCCAACAUGCAUCAAAGAAUGCCGCUUUUUGACGAUACUUAUACUAGAUUACUGCAGGCAACUUCGAGAAAUCAGAGGAAUUCCACCAAAUUUAGAAAUAUUCUCUGCAAUACGAUGCACAUCCUUGAACGAUUUAGACCUCACGAAUCUUCUUGUGUCCACCAAAGUCUGUUGUCCUUUGAGAGAGCUUGUUUUGGAUGACUGUGAAAGUCUUCAAGAAAUUAGAGGGAUUCCACCCAGCAUAGAACUUUUGUCCGCAAGAAACUGCAGAUCCUUGACUAUCUCGUGCAGAAGAAUGUUACUGAUUCAGGAGUUGCACGAGGCUGGAAAUAAGAGCUUUUGUUUGCCCGGAACACAAAUGCCGGAUUGGUUUGAGCACCGUAGCAAAGGACAUUCGAUUUCUUUCUGGUUUCGUGGCAAGUUCCCUGCACUAUCUCUCUGUUUUGUUGGACUCAUGCAUAAAAUCCCUACCGGGUUCAGACCCAUUGUGAUCAUCAAUGGCAAUAUAAUGAAAACAAUGUUGCCAGCUGAAAAAUGGUUUGAUUUUGAGUUCCCAGUGUUAACUGAUCAUAUAUUUAUUGUUGGUGAAAGACACAUAAAAUUUGAAGAUAAUAUGGAUGAAGUACUUUCAGAAAAUGAAUGGAAUCAUGCGGUGAUUUCUAUUGAUAUUGAUUUUAAAUGGAGCUCAAGUGGACUGUUUGCUGCGUGGAUUGGACUCCAUGUGAUCAAACAAAAAUGCAGCAUGGACAGAAUUCAAUUCACCAAUCCUUGCAACUGCUGAAAGAAAAGCAUUUACUGGGGAACACAGUAGAUUCUCAGAGACUAUUGGAUCGGCUGCAAAAAUAAACGACUUCAUUUUAUAUAUUGCAACCAUAUUUAAAACAGGGAUGAUAGUGUCUUUCACCGCCACCACUUCUAUCAUUAUAUGGUAAUGUGAAUUUGGAUUCGAAUUUGAUAUGAGUAGCAUUACUGAUGUCUUUGGUAAUUUGCUUGUGCCUUCUCUCUCUCUCUCUCUCUCUUUCAGUUCUCUGUUUGUCUGUCUGCAAUCUGCAUUGUUUUAUACUUAAAGGGAGACAAUGGUGCAAUGGCUGAAGUUGUGGAAUUAGCUUCUUGCAAAUGUAUGGUAGGGAAGGCUGUCUGUAAUUGCAAUAGAUCCUUAAUGGUUGCAACUCUUCCAUGGAUCCCGCUAUUUUCAUUAAGCUUGAGAUUUUUCGUUUAGUUGUUUUGAAUACUGGUAAUUAAAAAGGUGAGAUGUGCGUUUCAGAUUUGAAGACCAACCAUGGCUUCUUUGUUGUAUGCCUUGAGAUUUGGCCACAGGAAGAAAGGGCGCACUGUAAGACCCAAGUGUGGAAAUAGCAACUUCUGCAAGUACAACAAAGGAAUAGUUAAUAGCCCACUUGAUCUUCGUCAAAGGGACAAAUAGAAGCAAAAGUGGUGACCACGUUAAUUUUACAAGUGUUGAUUGAUUGCAAAGGAGAGAGUGAAGUGCAAUUGAACGUUUGGGUUGAUAAGAACAUGAUGUAAAUAGAAUGCAGUUACUGUUCUUAACCGUCCGAUUUUGAAUCAACAACCAAGAUCUAUUAACUGUGUUAUAACUGAUGUGUAUUUCUACAACAGCAAAUUCAAAUCCACCGAGAAUAUGUAUAUGAAGAGGCUUUAUAGUUCUUCAUGGAUGUAAAUAAUGCAUGCACUGCUUUGAAUUUGUAAAUCAAUAAGCCUUUUGCAGAAGAGGUGUAACUUCUUUCCAUAAUGCCUCCAACUCUGUUUCCUUUUUACUAAUGACAAGAAAAUGUAUGAAAAGGUUAUUUAUAAUAUAUAGUUUGGCCCUAGUCUUUGAACUUCAUAA